GAGUACCGUUUGGUAAGUACAUUUAGGGUUAGUAUACAUGAGUAGAAAAAAGUUCUCUUUUUUUUUUUUUUUUAAUUAAUAAGGUUUUGUUAUCUCAUUGCUUUUUCCUCUUUUUAGAGAUUAGCAAAAGCAUUCAGCAGGAAUGGAAGGAACGUGGCCGUCCGGAAACCCCUACUCAUCUGCCAUGGCUCCGGCCCCUCUUCCGUUGGCUCCGAGUUCAUAUCAGGUCUGGAAGAAAACCUACUUGAGACAUGAUUCGGGGGCUGGCAGCAGUACUAUGGGUGCAGCUAAGAACUUUGUGCUGCCGGCUGAAGGUGAUGAUAACAAUAUAUCACCAGCGGCUCGCACUGUUGCUGAUGGUGUGGGUGAAAGUUCAGCAGAAAAUGGCGGGGUCAAAACCCGGGGCUGGACUCGUAGCUUGGAUCCUAAUAUGGACCCAAGAAAGCUCAGACGGAUUGUUUCCAACAGGAUUUCUGCUCAGAAAUCUAGGAUGAAGAAGAUGCAAUAUGUUGCUGACAUGGAAAUGAAGGUGAAAGCAUUAGAGGCACAAAUUGCUGUCAUCUCUCCUCAAGUUGCACACUACACAGAGCAUUAUAAGUUAUUGCAAAUGGAGCGGAGAAGAUUGAAUCAAAAAAUGGCUGCUUUUGAUAAUGAAAGAUUACUUAUAGAUGCUGAGAUUGAAAAGAAGAAGGCUGAAGUGAAGAGGCUGAGGCAGCUGCAGUUCAAUCAAGAACAGGAAAUGAUGCGCAAGUCAAGGUUCAUGACUGUUUGGGAUCAAGAAUUUAUCGGGCAGAUGAUGGAUCAAGGUUCAAAUCUGUCUGCCUUAGGACAAAGCAAUGUGAAUUCGAACCAAGUCCAAAUUGGAGAAAACACAGCAGAAAUGAACAGGAUGAUGAGGCAGCAGAAUUUGAUGCCCGUUUGGGAGGCCGGGUCGGGGCAGAUGAUGGAUCUGAAUCUUAACCAAUCUGAGACGGGUCUGGAACUGGGCUCAAGCCUGAAUCAGUUUGGACUGGAGCAGAAUACUAGCCCGAACUCAAGCCUGCUGGGCCUGGGAGAAAUAGAGAAGCUCCUCAACCAAAACCCUCGCUUUACCGAGUUCAACAUAACUUACUGAGACAUGCGGUGCCGUUUCAAUCCGUCGCAAUGAAUAUUUAUCCCUUAGAAAAUUUUAAUUUCCUUCAAAUUGCGUGAUGUUGUUUGUCUAAUUUGUCCGUAUUGAGAAUUGUUGUGUUUCUGUUGUCCUGUUGUUAUUACAGAACUCUCUUUUUAAAUCGGUAUUAUUAAAGUGCUAUUAAUUUG